AUGGUGUCCAAGAAGAAGAAUACAACGGCGUCGAGGCACACCACGGAGUCAGAGGAAGGCACGCACUCGUUCGAGAUCGUCGGGUAUAGCCUCCAGAAGGGCAUCGGCGUGGACGAGUUCAUCGAAUCGGCCACCUUCGCCGUCGGCGGCUACGACUGGUGCAUCCGCUUCUACCCCCACGGCAAGGGCGAUGGUGCCAAGGACUACAUCUCGGUGUAUCUCGAGCUCCUGACCAAGAACUGCGCCGUCCGGGCGGCCUACGACCUGAGAUUGGUUAAACAUGCCACCGGGUUGCCAAUGAGUGUCUACUCUGAAACAACUCACAGAAUGUUCAAUUCUGAUGACAGUAGCAAAUUUGCUCCGCCUUAUGCGACUUUCAUGAAUAGAAGUAAUCUGGAGAUGGAAGCGUCAGGCUACAUUAAGGACGAUCGCCUCACCAUCGAAUGCUUUCUUACCGUCAUCGUCAAGGAAUCGAUGGCGUCUAAUACCGUGAAGGCCCAUGAAUUAAAGAUCAUCCUUGCAGCACGGUCAUCCGUCUUCAAGGCGGAGCUCUAUGGGCAGAUGAAGGAGAAGAGGGCCCGGCGGGUAACCGUGGAAGACAUGCAACCUGAUGUUUUCAGGGGCCUCCUGCAUUUCAUCUACACCGAUUCGUUGCCGGACAUGGAUGAUCUCAGUGACGACGACUACUAUGAGAUGAUCAGGCUUUUGCUUGUGGCUGCUGAUAGGUAUGCCAUGGACAGGAUGAAGUUGCAGUGCGAAAGCAUCCUUGGCGAGCAUCUUGAUGUGCAGACCGUCGCAACUACAUUGGCUUUAGCUGAUCAGCAUAACUGCAAUGGCCUUAAAGAUGUUUGCAUUGAAUUUAUCACCAAUCAAAACAAGAUGGAUGAUGUGGUGGCAACUGAAGGCUAUGCUGAUCUCAAGAGAACUUGCCCUUCUGUCUUAGUUGAUGUAUUCGAGAAGGCAAGUAAGUUCCGUAGAAUUUAA